CGGGAAGCCUAGUGCAGGGAGCACCAGGAGACGCGUGGUUGGUUCUCCUUCCUCUGUGUCACUAUCUUGUUCUUUACGGCGUGAGGUGGCGUGGCGACUUGCUCGGCCAAUCCUUCUCUCGACAACCUAGACCAAAGACAACCACCACCGCAAGCAAGGUCUGCUGCUACACCGCGGCCUUUGACGGUUACCACGGCAAGGAGCUGCAGCAGCAUGGCAAGCCGUGCAACAGCGACAACUGCCAUGAAGCACCCGCUCAUCCAGCGCGUGAUGACGGCAGCAGCUUCCUCUCGCGCCGGUGGCAGCAAGGCGGCUCUCCACAGCUCUUCCGCACAGGCAGGCGGCGCAGCAGCAAGACCUACCGCUUGCCGUCAUGUCGCCCGUGGCGGCGGCAAGAACCCAGCGUUGCCGGCUCCUGCUGGGUCUGCUGGGCUAGUAGUCUCUCGAAGGCACAUGUCCUCUGGCACAACGGGAGACGACAGCAGCAGCAGCAGCGGGCGGUUCAGUGAGGACUUGGAGAAGCUCAUCUCCAGGGCGGGCGAGAGAGCCGAUCGCACGGGCAAGUCAGGGAAGGGAGAAAAAGCCUCUGCCGUUGCGGUUGCUGCGCCCCGGGCGGCUGCUGGCGAGGGGGCAGGGGAGGAAGAGGAGGAGGACCCGGCGCUGUCUGCGCGCGCGAUGAAGUUCCGGGCCAUGAUCAGCAAGCUCAGGCCCCAGAAAAAAACUGCCGUUGUCAAGACAUUCACGCCUUCGAGGGAACCGUUAGUUGACAACUUGGGCCGCUCUUACGGCCUAGGAAGGCGUAAGACCAGCACGGCUAGGGUGUGGAUCUCUCUCUCCAAGGGCGAGGGGGGCGUGUUCAUGGUCAACUCGAGGCCCAUGAUCGACUACUUCCCUCGGGACCACCUGCAGAACGAGAUUCUUAAGCCCCUUGAGUACACCAACAAGCUCGGCAACUUCCAUGUGAGGUGCACGGCAAAGGGAGGUGGCCAAGCUGGCCAAGCCGGCGCCAUCAGGCUGGGUCUGGCGAGGGCGCUGGAGGCACACGACCCCUGGCUCAGGAAGAUGCUCAAGAAAGAGGGCAUGAUGGAACGAGACUCCCGAAGGGUGGAGCGCAAGAAGCCGGGUCUCAAGAAGGCUAGGAAGGCACCGCAGUGGGUCAAGCGAUAA